AUGCUUCGUUACUUGAUACAGUGUAUUGUCGCACUUGCCUUGCUGCAAGUUGCGUCUGUUGCAUCUGGUGCUGCUAUAUCGACUUCUGCUGAUGGCGAGGUUUCUAAGCGAGCCAGUGGCUCUGCUAACGGCGUCUAUUUUGUCAACUGGGGCAUAUAUGGGCGCAACUACCAGCCAGCCGACUUGCCUGCUUCAAGCCUCACCCAUGUAUUCUAUGCGUUUCUCAAUCUCCGCGCUGACGGAACUGUGUUCUCCGGCGAUACCUACGCCGACAUUGAAAAGCACUACCCGAACGACUCUUGGAAUGAUGUUGGAAAUAACGCAUAUGGUUGCGUUAAGCAAAUGUAUCUGCUGAAAAAGAAUAACCGUAACCUCAAGAUCAUGCUGUCCAUCGGCGGUUGGACUUGGUCAACCAAUUUUCCUGCUGCCGCCAGUUCCGCCACUGGCAGAAAGACUUUCGCUACGACUGCAGUCGCAUUCAUGAAGGAUUGGGGUUUUGACGGCAUUGACGUUGACUGGGAGUACCCCGCCGAUGAUACGCAAGCUGCCAACUUCGUUCUACUGCUCAAGGCCGUCCGCGAUGAGCUCGAUGCAUACUCGGCCAAAUACGCCAAUGGUUAUCAUUUCCAACUCUCUAUUGCUGCACCGGCUGGCCCUGAUAAUUACAAGAAGCUUCAUCUUGCUGAGAUGGGCCAGGUCCUGGACUAUGUCAACCUCAUGGCAUACGACUUUGCCGGUAGCUGGAGCAACUUUAGCGGGCACGACGCCAACAUCUACCAGAACCCUCAGAACCCGAAUGCGACACCAUUUGACACCGACCUCGCUGUCAAGGACUAUAUCAAGGGCGGCAUUCCGGCAAAUAAGCUUGUGCUUGGCAUGCCUAUCUACGGCCGCUCGUUCCAGAAGACCGCGGGUAUUGGAAAGCCAUACACGGGUGUCGGAAGCGGCUCCUGGGAAAAUGGACUGUGGGACUACAAAGUCCUCCCGAAAGCAGGGGCUAAACUGAUGUACGAUGACGUCGCCAAGGGCUACUAUACCUAUGAUUCCUCAACGCAGGAGCUCAUAUCGUACGAUACGCCGGAUAUGAUCAAGACCAAGGUUUCGUACCUCAAAGGCCUUGGCCUCGGCGGCAGUAUGUUCUGGGAGGCAUCUUCGGACAAAAAGGGCCAGGACUCGCUCAUCCAGACCAGCAAAUCCUCUCUUGGCCAGACUGACUCGACCCAAAACUGCCUCAGCUAUCCAAACUCGAAGUACGACAAUAUCAAGAAGGGCCUUCAGUAG